UCAUCAUCAUCAUCAUCAUCAUCAUCAUCAUCAUCCUCAAACGCCUCAGCAGCAACAUCAGCUUCAGAUUCAUCGGCUGCAGAAACAGAGGCAGAGUUGUUGAAACAGCUUGGAGAGAGAGGGAAAAACACCCAGAGAGGCUUUCAGACGUCUUCAAGAGACGCUCGGCUUCAGGGGGGGAGGGAACAUGGGGAAAUGGGUGCUGCAGAUGAGCAAAUGCAAGGAUGAGGAAUUCCGACCAAAUCUACUUUUAUGACACGGACCCCUGCCCCGUGCACCAUUAGGAAUUAAUUUAAAAACACAAGGCAACCCCCGUUCAACGCCUCACGCAUCAUGGAUGCAGCUUCAGCCUCCCUUCAGUACGGAUCAAAGAAGCGGGUCAAAAUUCACCCGAACACAGUCACAGUAAAAUAUGCCACCCACUUCCCCCAGCCUGGCGACGAAGGGUACGACGACGCACCCUCUUUCGAGGAUUUCGGCACCUUUGCCGAGGCAAACGUCGGAAAGAGGCUGGUGUCAGACGCCAAAGGAAGCAGGACUUUCUUCGGAACCAUGGAGACUCAGCCUAAGCAGCCGGCCGUGCAAAGAGAAAAGGGGGUCGAGGGUCAGCUGGCCAGCUUUGGUGAGGCUAAUGUGUUGGCCUCCAGGGUGACCUGGAUGGCCUUGUUUGGGGCAGCAGCAGCUCACGGCUGUGUGGCUCUAAUCACCCGUCUGGCGGCGGAUCGCUCCAAGGUUCCCUCCCUCGAGCUGCUCUUCAUCCGCUCUGUGAUCCAGGUGCUGUCGAUCCUGGUGGUCCUCUACUACCGCGAGGCGCCCUUCGGCCCCAAGGGCUACCGGCUCCGGCUCUUCUUCUACGGCGUCUGCAACGUCAUCUCCAUCACCUGCGCCUACACCUCCUUCGCCAUAGUACCCCCCAGCAACGGCACCAUCAUGUGGCGGGCCUCCACCACGGCCUUCAGCGCCAUACUGGCCUUCCUGCUGCUGGACGAGAGGCUGAGCUACACGGACGUGGUCACCGUGGUGGGGAGCGUGUUCGGCCUGUGCCUCGUCAUGGUGCCGAACGUGGCGGACGAGGAGAAGUCCAGGCUGGGCUUCUGGAAGGAGGCCUUCGGCUACACAAUGACAGUGAUGGCGGGCUUGACCGCCGCCCUCUCGAUGAUCGUCUACCGAGCCAUCAAGGAGCGCGUCAGCAUGUGGACGGCGCUUUUCACCUUCGGCUGGACGGGCACUGUCUGGGGAGCGUCCACCAUGUUCGUCAUGCAGGAGCCUAUCAUUCCCCUGGACGGGGAGACCUGGGGCUACUUAAUCGGGAUCUGCAUCUGCUCCACGGUGGCGUUCCUCGGAGUCUACUAUGCUCUUAACAAGUUCCAUCCGGCCUUAGUUAGCACUGUGCAGCACCUAGAGAUCGUGGUCUCCAUGUUCCUGCAGCUGAUCGUGCUGAGGAUGAUCCCCUCUGUGUACGACGUGAUCGGAGGCCUCGUCAUCAUGGUCAGCGUGUUCACUUUGACCGGCGUCAAGCUGUACAGGGUGAGCAGGGCCAUCCGGCAGGAUUACCAAGAGAUCCUGGACUCGCCGAUCAAGUGAAUCCACGUCUAUCAGUCUACCCGUUUACAGUGUUGCUUGGUCGUGCAAUCAAAAGAAUGUCUGGAUCUUCAUCUGAUGAUUUUUUUUUUUUUUUUGUAUUGUUGUGCUGUGAACAGAGUGCCAGUUUGUGUAACUAAGGUCUUAAUAUUUACGCGUGAAAUAAAAGACAAUUGUAAUAUUGUGACCAUUCCCCCUACAGGACUGUCUCAGAAAAUUAGAAUAUUGUGAUAAAGUUCUUUAUUUCCUGUAAUGCGAUUAAAAAACAUGAAA